GGGUAGCUGCCGCCGCGAUGGCAGCCUUUGCCCUGGAACCCCAGGCAACCACGCUGGGAUCUGAACCAAUGAUGCUGGGUUCACCUACGUCUCCAAAACCAGGGGUUAAUGCCCAGUUCUUACCUGGAUUUUUAAUGGGGGAUUUGCCAGCGCCAGUGACUCCACAGCCUCGAUCAAUUAGUGGCCCUUCAGUAGGAGUAAUGGAAAUGAGAUCACCUUUAAUUGCAGGUGGGUCACCACCCCAACCAGUUGUACCAGCUCAUAAAGAUAAAAGUGGAGCUCCACCAGUUAGAAGUAUAUAUGAUGACAUUUCUAGCCCAGGACUUGGAUCAACACCUUUAACCUCAAGAAGACAGCCAAACUUAUCAGUAAUGCAGAGUCCUCUUGUUGGAGUUAUGACAACUCCUGGAACAGGGCAAAGUAUGUUUAGUCCAGCAAACAUUGGUCAACCACGAAAGACAACAUUAUCUCCUGCGCAGUUGGAUCCUUUUUAUACUCAAGGAGAUUCUCUGACUUCUGAAGAUCACCUCGAUGACACAUGGGUAACUGUGUUCGGGUUUCCUCAGGCAUCUGCUUCCUAUAUAUUAUUACAAUUUGCACAAUAUGGGAAUAUCUUAAAACAUGUGAUGUCUAACACCGGAAAUUGGAUGCAUAUUCGUUAUCAAUCUAAACUGCAGGCUCGGAAAGCCUUAAGCAAAGAUGGGAAGAUUUUUGGCGAGUCCAUCAUGAUUGGUGUAAAACCAUGUAUAGAUAAAAGUGUUAUGGAAAACAGUGACAGGUAUGCUGUAUCAUCUUCAUCUCUAGCCUUUACACCACCAAUCAAGACCUUAGGAACACCAUCCCAGCCUGGAAGUACUCCUAGGAUUUCUACCAUGAGACCUCUUGCUACAGCAUACAAAGCUUCUACUAGUGACUAUCAGGUCAUUUCUGACAGACAGACGCCAAAAAAAGAUGAAAGUCUUGUAUCCAAAGCAAUGGAGUACAUGUUUGGCUGGUAGUAUAGUGAGAGCUAAGAACUCAACCAACUACAAAGGAAGAGGCUGCUACACUAAAACAUCAGGGCACUGCCGGUUUUUCUUCGGUUAGUUAUAUAACCACUCUUGGCAGUGUGUUGGACAGCUAUCUCAUACUUCUUUUAGAAGCCUUUCUCUUUAAGGAUACAGCAUAUUUGUAGCUCCCACUUUAAAAGAUGGGUGAGACAUGUUUUAAACAAAAAACUCUGUAAAUAGGAUUUUGUGUUUUCUGUGGUAAUGCAUGUGUAAACACAAAACAUUCAGCAUUGGUAAUUAAAUUAUGUAAUUGAG